AUGGCCGAUACUAUCAACCCGUUGGACACAUUGCCAACAUCUCCUGAUCCCGAAAUGUACACAAUCUCCCCCGCUGAUACAUCACUGGACUCACCUGAGCCGGAAGAUGACAUCAAGGAGGAAGAGGACGAGAAGAAGCCAGCUAAGAAGAGAAAGUCUUGGGGACAAGAACUGCCAACCCCAAAGACAAACCUACCUCCUCGCAAACGGGCCAAAACAGAUGAUGAGAAAGAGCAGCGUCGGAUAGAACGGGUCCUUCGGAACCGCGCUGCCGCUCAAACAUCCCGCGAACGCAAGAGACUGGAGAUGGAGAAGCUCGAGACCGAGAAGAUCCGCAUGGAACAACAAAAUCAGUUCCUCAUCCAGCGCCUAUCACAGAUGGAGACCGAGAACAACCGCCUCAGUCAACAGGUGGCUCAACUCUCCGCCGAGGUCCGCGGAUCUCGCAGCGCCACUCCCAAAGCCAGCUCUCCCGCCAUCGAAUCUCCCACUCUCACGCCAACCCUCUUCAAGCAGGAAGGCGACGAACUCCCCAUGGAACGAAUCCCAUUCCCCACCCCCUCUGUGACCGACUACUCCCCCACCCUCAAGCCUUCCACUCUGGCUGAAGCCUCCGACGCGACACAACAUCCUGCAGCGGUGUUGUGUGACCUGCAGUCUCCUCUGUCUGACGAUGACUUCCGUCGCCUGUUCAACGGUGAUUCACCCGCUGAGCCAAAUCCUUCUUUCCCUGAAGACGGGUUUGCCUUUGACGUUCUCGACGGCGGAGAUCUAUCAGCAUUUCCCUUUGAUUCUAUGGUUGAUUUCGACCCCGAGUCUGUCGUCCUCGAAGGCGUCCAGUCGUCCGGUGUUUCGGAUGAGACUGCUCACCAGACUACUUGCUUGCAGCCCAGCCUUGGCGCGUCCACUUCGCGAUGCGACGGGCAGAGCAUUGCAGCUAGCGUGACGUUUGCCACGCGCCAUCUCCAACCUCUAUCUCCAACUUGUCUCUCUCUCUUGCACAUUACACCAAACACAACCGCCAUCAUGGUUCGCAAAGACCCCAUCUUCGAAGCCCGCACAAAUGUCAAGCUCCACUCGAACCGCCUAAAAAAGGAAGCCGUCCGCGCCGAAUCAACCUACAAAUCCGAAAAAGCAAAAGCAGACAAAGCAAUGAAAAACCAUGAAUUCCAAAUCGCCCGCAUCCACGCCGCCAGCGCAAUCCGCGAAAAGCGCCGGCAGGUAACACUCAAAUCAGAAGCCGCCCGCGCAGACGUAAUAAUCAACGAACUCAAAGCUGCCCAAAGCACGCGCGACACAUCCCGCACGCUGGCGCUUGCAUCGCGAGGCCUGGACGCUGCGUCGCGGAGUGUUAAUCUUGAACAACUGGUCGGCCAUGCGAAUAAUUUCUUGGCCCGCAGUGAGGAUUUCAAAAUUGCUUCUUCGGCGAUCGAGGAUGUUGCGCAGGGUGUUAGUAUGCAGGAGUAUGGGGCCGAGGGAGAAACCGAGGUUGAUCGGCUUAUGGAGCAGCUUGCUGAUGAUGCUGGUGUUGAUAUGAGGAGGAAUCUUGAGGAGAGUUCGGCGCCUAAGGAGGAGGUUAAGGUGCCGGAGAGGACUGGAGUUGAUGCUGAGGCGGAGGAUGGGCUUGGGGCUAGGUUGAGGGCUUUGAGGGCUGCUAAUUAG